AUGGCUUGUCCUUCAGGAUUGCCAUGUGAUACUUCUUGAGCACUGUCAACAAUGUGCACCAAUCAUCUCUUCCAUCCACUCUGUAGCUGCUUCACACAAGUCUCGUAUUUUGUGCAGUACUCCUCUUUUUCAAUUUCUUGAACUCGACUCAAAUUUAAGUCUGAAUUGUUUAACACUUGACUUUUUUCUAAUUUUUCAGUUUUUCCUGCAAUAAUUCGUUUGGAAGCUCUCUUUUCUAUAGUUCUUUUGAUUUUUUUUGGCAUUUCUGUGCUCCUUGGCUUAUCUGAGUUUUCUGAGUUUUCUGGGCAUACUGGGUUUUCUGAUCAUUCUGAAUUUUCUGAGUUUUCUGGAUUUUCUGGGUUUUCUGAAUUUUCUGAGUUUUCUGAGUUUUCUGUACUUUCUUGGUUUCCUGCGCUUUCUGGUCCUUUUGAGUUUUCAGGGAUUUCUGAGUUUUCGGAGUCUUCUAGACUUUCUGAUUCUCAGAGUUUUUCUAGUUGCUCUCAGUCCUCCAGACCUAUUUUGCUUGCUUGAGCUUCCUUUUCUGAAACCACUUUCCUUUGCCUAUCAUUCAGAUCGUAA